CGCCUCCCUCUGCGCAUGCGCGGGCUGAGGUGGCGCGGCCUCGUUUGUUCUCAUUACGCAUGCGCACAGCUCCUGCCUCGGGGCUUGGUGUGGGGUGCUGCUCACUACAAGGACUCAGCCAUGGCAGGUAAAAGCAGCAAACGCAAGGGUGGCAAACGCAAAGGCUCCAAAAAGAAAUCGAAGAAGAAGGAGGUGGAUAUUCUCAGCCCAGCUGCCAUGCUCAACGCCAAUUAUGUCUGCCAUAAUGUCCCUGCCUGCCUGGAGUUGAGGGGCUAUUCUUGGCCUGGCUCCCUCAAAAAGAAGGGAAAGAAACGAAAGUAGCUGUCUGGAAAGCAAAGGAUGCAAUAAAAGCCAAGCUCCCGCCGAUAAGAAGAACUUUAGACUCAUUCCAGUAUGUCCAGUGGUUAGCUCAAAUAUUAUGCCAUAAUCACUGUUGUGUCCACACAAAGACGCUCUUAUUAUAACUCAAGCUUACAGUGACAAAUGGCAAGUGACACCAGUGCUGUUGUAAUUUCAGCUGUGGCCCUCAGACCUUAGUUCUGUGCAGAAUAAAACAUCAAAUCUCAGCGGUCUGAGGGGGUUGCGGUGGGAUUUAUUUUACCCAUACCACUGCUGUUCUUAUGGAGACAGAAAGUGCUCCCCAGCGUGGGUGAGCCUCCAGUUCUUUUCAACCAAUGCUGGUGAAAACUUCAGUUCAGAUAUCAGAUACCAUGCUGAGAUCAUCAGUGUCAAAUACUUAUACAGCAGCUCUGAGUCACCUGGUACUCCCUUUCUGGGUCAGAAGAGCUGUGCGAUGCACUCUGUGUAUGUGGGUGAUUCACCUCAUUCUUUUUUGGCCGUAGUGAGAUCCUGGAGAUGUAGCAGAGAUGCUGGCAAUGACGCUGUGUUAAGUUAGAGGCAAUGAUGAGCCCCCCUACCAGGUCUGCCUUUAUAGUAAUCGCUGUUAGUCUGAACAUCCUGGCUGGAAACCACAAGAUUUAUGUUACAGAUCAGAGUUGCUUCGCUCCAUUUCCUCCGUGUCAGUUUAAUGCAGCCCUUGGUGAAGCAGUACGUCAAAUGAGUCUGUGCAUCUCUCCCACAUUCUUCCAGCACGCUAACUGGAAAGAUGCAGUGGGACAAGAGAGGAUGUGUCCUGAACUGACACAGGCUGUAUGAGGUGGGAAGGAAUACAAAAUAAUCAUAGAGUGCCUUGGGUUCUCCAGCUUAACAUCUUCCCUAUAUGAAGAGAUCUUAACUCGAUAAAAUCGUGGUUUUGUGGCAUUGGUUGCAGGCCAACUACUGUUGUGUAGAUUACAUGGGCUGCUGCAGUGCUUUACCGAAUUUUUCAUCUACAUGCCAAGAGAAUCAUGGUGGGGACCCUGUUUCCUUGCUGAUUAGCCUGCAGUUGGCAUGUAUUGCUGUAUCAGGGAUGUGGUUUGCAGUACCACUUUGCUCUGCCGCGCAUCAUAGAUGAGUCCUCUUCAUCACUUAUCUGAAGUCUUGCUUCCCCAUCACCCACCAGGAAGUCUCUGGUCACAGCAUAUAUUUGCAACUAUUUCCUCCUGGUAAUGUUCCAAAGCAAGAGAGGAUCAGUUUGCUCUCUAUAUUUAGCAACUUAUGCUGGUUGUUAAAAAAUGAAGCAUUCCCUCUUUGUGUGAUAUACUUGCUGCACAGAGCAUUACGGGACAGAUGUUUCCAAGCACCAAAGUAGGAACUACUUGGUGUUACGGGGCAGUUCCCCACUGUUAGCAUGUCUCUGCUUCUGGUCAAUGGCCAGUUUGCAGGAGGAAAAAGCUGAAGAGCAACACCAUCUCCUGCCAUAAGAGCAAUUGGAUGCAGAGCACGUAUUUAGGGAAAUAAUUUCCUUCUGGGCAACUUUCUCUGCAACCACCUCUUGCAGCAUCACGUGUAGUUUCCUCUGAAGCUGUUAUCCAACCAGCAGGCAGACACUGGGCUGCUCAGGACAGACAAGUGGGCUGAUCUGAUACGACUGCUGCAGGGAAGCAAAGCCCUUCUUACAUCUGUGAUAGACUGAUACAACAGCUGCAGCUACAACAGUUUCAUGUUUUAGUGUGCAAAACUGACUGGAACGAGUAGUGAAAUAUCAUUAGUUGUUUUCUCUUUAAAAACAACAAAAAAUCUGCUUUUGUAUGAUGAAUACCAGAUCGUGACCAGUGAAGUGCAAAGGAUGAAGGCUAUGCUUUCAAGAGUGUCUGAAAAGGUGCCAUUCAGUUCUUUGAUAGAAGAUGAGAAAGCCCUUCCAGCCAUCCUAAACUGCAAAAUUAAACACUUUUUUUUCCCCUUUUUUCCCUCUCCCACACCCUCAUCCAUCUCAAUUUUGCAUGUAAUUCAGGAUACCCUGUGGUUAAUAAAGACCAGCACGCACCUUGAAAUAAUAGUUUGGAUUUAAAAAUGGGUUGAUUCUCUAUUUGAAUAGCUCUUCUUCCUGCUGGUGUGCAGACUAUAUAAGCUGAGUUUAUGAUGAAUAAAGCCGAUUUUGCUCAAAUCCCCAAAGAAUCUUUUGAGAGGGAACUGGAAGCUCAAGACCCUUUCCUUUACCUCCCUUUGCAAGGGAAUUUCACAGUGUUUUGUGCAUUGUCUCUUACAUUUCCUGGUAGGAGGGUAAUCCUUUGUCUCGCUGCUACUUAACAGCCAUGCAGUGUGCUGCUGGUGUACACGGGGUGUCCCUUUAGUGUAGGAAGUUCUGUACCAAAACCAGGCUGUUAAAAAUACACCGGCUGCUGACGUUCAUGUUUGUGGGUUGUGUACAGGGGGAGAGUCAAAAGACUUGUUAUGAGAGUGAUAUCUUUUUGUUUAACUCCUGCAUAAACAGCCAUUAUUCGCCACACUUGGUAUUAGAAUGUCCUUCAGCCAACGUCUCUGUGUUGCCUGGUAUCUCCUAAUGUGUUAUUUUCACAUUAAGAAAAGCACUACAGAUCUUUAUGGUGCUUAAGAAAGGCCUGAGAAGCAGCACAUACACUUUUGUCUCAUUUUUCACUUUAGGAAAUGUUAUUUCCCAAGUUCAGAGAAGGACAGCUGAGGACUUUUGUGGUCAUAAAUGCUAUCUCCAAAAUGAAGUAACUAUGGCAGAUAUUUAAAGGAAAACUUUUAUCCAAAAUGCACAUUAGAUGUUGGCACUAAAUAGUGCCCACAGGAGUAAAUAAAACUGAGGUUUUGGUGGGUUAAUUCCCGUCUCAUUUGCUCAUUCCCACUGUCUUGGUUCCCUACAGCCAUUUCAGAUGUUUCACAGGAAUAAACAAACGCCAUCCAACUCUAAUAUAUAUAUUGACCUCAGUCUCUCACUUCCUGCUUAUGUUAAAAAAGGCGUGAGCUUCUUCUCCCUUUUGUUAGCAACUGUUGUACAAAAGAUGGGAAGGACCAAAAACUGAGCACUCACAGCAAUGGUUGCUCUCUCAGAUUUGCUGUCUGGGUACCAUGACACUUGCAGGUAUUAAAGCUUUCCAUUCUAGAUGUUGGGGUGUUCUUGUUGCAUCCUAGUGUGCUACCCAGUUAUUGGUGGUUUUUUGGAGGUAUUCAGUAAGUCCAAACACUCUUCUUGUUGUAAUCGGCAAUGAAAAAGAGAAAUGUUUAAGAGGAAAAAGCUUAGUGUAGCUUAGUGUCUUCCUUGGGAUGGCCAUGACUGUAUGCUGUGUAUGGAGCAAUGCUUGGAAUUAAAAUGCUUGGACCGAG